UUUCAAGGCUGUUGGGGAGGCGAAUGCACGAUAUAGCCCUGAAACUUGCGCAAUUUGCUCAAACUGAUCUCCGGAUCCUCCUCGCCUGGAAGCUCGAAGAGCUGCCGAUCACGCCUCAUCACAGUCUGCACUGACUCGCCUCAACCGAGUGCAAACUCGCUGCUCGCUCGCUUGUCCGAGUUUCAGGGUCACCGGUGUCCGUUCCUUCCGGCCGGCGAGCGCGGCAUUGUUCAAACACCCGGCUACCUCCGGUCCCAGCACAGUCUCAACCUCCGUCGACCUCCGUCAGCGGGCCGAUGCUGGGUGAGGCGCUACCCCUCUAACCUUCAGCAUGCCUAUCAUCAAUGGCCAAAAGGUGGCCUGCGCACCGUGUAUACGUGGCCACCGUUCUACAAAAUGCAAUCACUUCCAUGAACGAGUGAUGCUUCCCGUCCGGAAGCCUGGGCGGCCACUCAGCACCUGCCCCUGCCCUCCCGGGAGACCCUGUGCCUGCGGCGGUCUUCGAGUUGCCAUUCCAAAGAAGCAGAAGUGUGGAUGCCCUACCGAAGACGAGAAGAUCGCGCAGGAUGAUGAGAAUAAGCGCUCUCCGGUCGAGCCUCCGACAUCCCCAUCACGGCCAUCAUUCCGAGUAGCAAAGACCAAUAGCGGAUCCAAAGUCAACGGCCGGAAGCAAUCUUUCGACCUCACCAACUUGGAGAGGAUGGAUCCGAGGUCGAUCAACGUGAUAGCCGGCCCGGGCAGCAACGGUAUUACGAAUGGGAUGCCCAUGACAGGCAGCGCGAUUCUUCAGAGUUCACGACCGAACUUGACUGGGUUUGGAGCGGGCCUGGGAGUGUUAUCGGCUAGGCCGGGCAGUACGUAUGCCUCUCCGCAGAACUCGAAUCUUACGUCGCCAUUGCCAUACAACAUGGGGUUUGGGUAUCCCCAAUCGAACCAGCUUCACCACGCCGUCAAGUUGGAGGAGAGCCGGCUUUAUUCAAUUUCAAAUGGCAGCUUUGGCGCGGCAAUGGCGUCACCACCUUUCGUCAACGGCAACCACGCACAUGCGCCGGCCACCGGUCCAGUGCAACCAGCCGCCCCGGCGCCCGAGGCGAACGUCGUAGCACCUUCGAGCAGCUGUUGUUGUGGCAGCAAACCACAAGAGCCUACUCCGGCUCCGGCUCCACCUCCACCUCAAAGCAAUGCCCAACUACCCCAACCACUUCAGCAGGAAUAUGGGCAGUCCUACAUGCCACCGCCGUCAGGCAGCGGCAGCUGCUGUUCCAGAAAGAAACAAGAACCUGCUCCCGCUCCUGCUCAAAACAAUACACAACCAUCCCAGCUACCUCAGCAGGGAUAUGGGCAGUCCUACAUGCCGCCACCGUCAGCUAGCGGCAGUUGCUGUUCCAGCAAGGCACAGAAACCUUGCCCCCCAAACAACAUGCCGUCGUCGCAUCAACCAUACGGACAGUCAUACAUACCGCAGUUCCCGUAUCCGACCGUCUUUAGGUACCCGGGCGAUUACGGUUCCUGGCAACAUCCGAUCGACCCCUUCAUUUGGCAGCAGGUAGCGUCCCAAACCAGCAUGUCUUUGGGGACGACGCCCAUGUCACCCACCGCCACCAAUGGAGAUGCGGUCGACGUCGGCACGAGCCACCAAUGCAGCUGCGGCGAGGGCUGUCAAUGUAUCGGCUGCUUGGCCCACCCUUUCAACGCGCAGAUGUUCCAGUACGUCAAUAAUGCAUACAGCGGCAGCAACGGCAGCAGUCCCGGCGGCGCGGGAGCGGAUGCAACCCCGGGAGCAGGAGGAGGUGGAGGGCACACGCAGACGACACUGGCGGCGGGAGAAGACUUGGCCGGAUCCGAGGCACCCACCCCGGCGGCGAGCAAUGAGGGGUCGCCAAAGGGCGAAGAGCAGUCGCUGUCGACGAUGGACUACUUCUUUGUGAACCUGCCCAUCUCGGGUCUCUGUGGCGGGGAGCUGGAAUCUUGUCCGUGCGGGGACAGCUGUGAUUGUCCCGGGUGCUUGGUUCAUCACAUUCCCCUUAAUUAGGGGGAUGUUGUGUAGCUUGAGGGAUGUUGGGUGGCCAGUAUUGCAGGGAGAGGCUGGUCACCGGAUGUAUGGCGGAUGUGGAAUGGAAGAGGUGUGCCGAAGUCUGCGCACGCCUAUCUUAUUCCUGUUUUGUCGAUACAUACUGUACUCCUCUGGUGUGCCAUGCUUUGCAGGUACACUUGUUGA